AUGACUGUUCGAGCUUAUGGAAGAGUUUUUACAAGACUUCGGAGAUAUUUGUACCAAGGAAACGACGAUGAGUUAGCUAUGGCCCGGAGAUUCUUUAAUGGACUCAGGCAAGACAUAAAGGGAAGGUUGCACGCUGUGACAUACCGAAGUGUCGCAGAAGUAGAAGAAAGAGCGGUAAGUGUUGAGGAAGCCAUUGAGACAGAGAAGGAGAUUUUGGCCCAAGAGAAAAAGAAGGAACCAGUCAAGCAGACUAAGGUUGUGAACACUCGGAAGGGGAAUCAAGUAGCAGGACGAAAUUGGGGCGCAGGCCGUGGUAAAGUUAAAAUGAAUGUUAACCAUGGGGGUUGUAAUGUGAGCAACAUGGAUCCGCGAGAAUGCUAUGUGUGUGGUAAAGUUGGGCAUUUUGCUCGAGCUUGCCCAACCGUUAACACAGUGACAUUCAAUCCANCUAUGUGUGUGGUAAAGUUGGGCAUUUUGCUCGAGCUUGCCCAACCGUUGAGGAAACAAAGAGUACCAACCUUUUUAGCAUUGCAUUUUGUUAUAUUGGCCUUGCGUUUAGGAAUAUUACUUGUUGGUGGUAACCCCACACAUGUACUGUUUGAUUCGGGAGCGUCCAAUAGUUUUGUGACUCCCGAAGUGGCUGACAAUUUCGGAGACUUGUGUGAGGAGGAGGAAGUGAACAUCAAUGUCUACACUGCUGGUAAUCAACCGCCUUUGAAGACAAGAAGAUGGAUCAAGGAAGUGUCGAUAGUCUUGCAGGAUACGAACCUCCCGGUAAAUCCUCUAGUGAUGCCAUUGGAUAGGUUCGAUGCUAUUUUGGGAAUGGAUUGGUUAUCGGAACACCAAGCCCAUAUAGACUGCAGCAGAAGCAGAGUUAUAUUUGAAAAUGGAGGAAGGACACCUCUAGUUUUCAACGGGAUCAGCCCGAGUAAAACGGGAGGAGAUGACAAGGAAGGCAUGGAAUUGGAGGACAUUACCAUAGUCAAGGACUUUGGGGAUGUGUUUAGACCGCUGGAAGGAUUGCUUCCACCAAGAAGCCAUCCUUUUACCAUAAAUCUUGAGCCCGGAGCUACCCCAUUGUUAAAGCACCAUAUCGCAUGGCACCAACCGAGUUGGCAGAACUUAAAACUCAGUUAG